AUGAGAUGCGACGCAUGCGGCGGCAGUGCUACGAAUAUGGUGAUGGUGCAGUUGUUAGCUGUUGGAAAUGGAAAAGUGCCAGUCGAUGCGACAACUGGAUUAAUUACUCUUAUCAACGACUUUUGCCGAUUUAUAGACCUUCAAUUAGCUCUUAUUGAAAAUGUUUUCCCAAACAUUAGUGAGAAUAAUCAGAAUUAUGCUUGGUUAAGUCAACAAGCAAUUCUCGCGGCAAAGAAUAAUAAUGUACACGCAUUAAAUUUCACCAUUCAAUCAAAAAUUACUGGCGAUUUGGUGACAUACAAAUCCGUUGAUUCCAUAACAAAUCCCGAUGAUGUAGUAAAUUAUCCAACGGAGUUUUUGAACUCUCUGGAGUUACCAGGAUUUCCACCACAUAACUUGCAACUCAAAGUUGGUUUAGUUAUUAUGAUAUUGCGUAAUUUAAAUCCAUCUCGACUUUGCAACAGUACUCCACUUGCGUUGAAAAGGCUGAUGCCGAAUUUGAUUGAGACAACCAUUAUAAACGGAAAGUACUUAGGUGAAAAUUUAUGCAUCAAUCGAAUACCAAUGUUUCCGACUGAUCUUCCGUUUGACUUCAAACGAUUGUAA